UGGAGCUUCUACGUGAUAUAGACUUGCCUGUCUCUUUUCAGCAGGCGCAUUUGAUCAGGAUGUUGUCCCCUUACACAUCGUGUCAUUUUUAUCUAAUUCUCAUACUUAUUAACUCAUGGACAGAUGCUGUGACCAUAACAGAGGCUGUGAACAUCACUGCAGUACGUGGAAGCUCUGUCUGUCUCCCCUGCUCCUCAAACCUGUAUGCUGGUGCUACAGUUUCAGUUAAAUGGGCAAAGACUGGAAGCCCUGGAAGACUGUGUGAUUACCGUAUGGUAAAUGGCGCAGUGGAAACAAAUUCAAUACAAUGUGAACACCAUGUAAAUGCAACAGAGCAAGUAUCUAUGCUCUGCCUAACUGGAGUCAAGACCAGAGACGCUGGUUAUUAUACCUGUUCAGUAACGGCAUCCAUACCCCCACCAGCGAUUAGCAGAUGCUAUGAGGUGAAACUUCAUAUAGAAGUCAUCAGAACAUGUGACCUGAUGCAGCCUCCUUAUUUGACCGCUUCAGUUCCACCACAUGUCGUCAUAGAACGAAAGACGACCAACAGAUCAGGCUGCUUUUGGCUACUGUGUGAGCUGAAUGGCAUGGAAUCAGCACAGGUGAACUUCACCUGGAGCAGAAAUGGAGAUGGCAUACCUGAAACAUCCAGUUCCCUACACCUGUGUACACCUGACUGGAGUGAAGGAGACAUCUUCACCUGCAGCAUAAGCCAAUCCUCCAAUUCCACAGGCCUCAGUGUCAGCAUCACCAUCACACAGUCAGGUGAGAACUUUUACCCAAUUUCCCUGGUUCUCAUUUCUGUGGGCACGUUGGUCGGGUCUCUGAUUCUCAUCUGCGCACUAUUCCGUUUCUGUAAAUUUAUCCAAAAGGGAGAAGCUGCAAGUGAAAACCCAGUGGACACAAGCGUCUUUACCAACUGCACUUAUACAAUGAGACAGACACAAGAAAAUCCUUAUCUGUGUAGAUGACCCUAUCUUUUGAGUAUACAAGGUACUGAUUUUUGAUUUCUGUUGUAAUAUCAUUGUAAGAGAAAAGUACUUUUAGUGAGCAAGCGAUCCCAUGUGAGUACUUUUAUAUUGAAAUACAACAUAUUGACAUGCACUAUGACCUGCCUGCAUAUGCGCGCAAUUCGAAAAGUUUCCCAGAAUUUAUUUCUUCACAUGGAUUGUCUCAAACUGUAUGGAACGGAAAGUUUGCUCCCUUUUACUGAAGAGAUUACAAGCUCUUACGGUGUUGUUGGUGCUGUUACGGUUGUCAAUCUUUAAUGAGUGUUUAUGCUUUCAUAGUAAGGUCUAUAGGCUACGUUAAAACCAAGUCUACUCAGUUUCAGGAAUAAACGCUAUUUUUAUUGCACAAACAACAUCAGUCUUUGAGCCGUCUUUCAGUGGAGCUAGCUACACUGUGUCUCUCAUUGAAUCUGCUCUUGGCAUAUAUUAUUGCUUCUUCCUGGCAUACUGCACGUCUCUGGAACAGUUAUUUCAUUACACCAUUACUGCAUUUAAUAUUGUAUAUAGUAUGCAUAAACUUUACUUUGGUAUAGUUGUGCUUGUCCUCUUGUCACAGAAAGGCAGUUGUGCUUUGUAUUUUAUAUCCAUUUAAAAUGUUUCUCACUUUAUACAUGAUAUGGUUUGUAUAGUAACCUGUAGUCCUUUGAACAUGUACUUGGAUCAAUGACCUUAUGGUUGCUCAGUGCUCUUACACUCACAUUAGUUGCAGAUUUGCAGAAACCUCAGUUUAAGAAAAUGGCUCUGAUAUUGCUCUUGGGUAUUGCUGUUUCCCUGGGACCUAUCCAAUAAACAAAGUUAUUUUAA